ACGAAGCCGUUAGCCGACAGUCAACGCACCGCUUGCGAGCAGACGCGUCGUCUAGGUGUGAGACGCCCAACAUUGGCAAUCGAUCGCCAUAAUGCUUUUCAAGAACAAAAUAUCACAGUGAAAACUCUAUAUUUAUUUAUUUAUAGUCACCUGUAAUUUAGAAACUGUGUCGUGUCUAAGAACUGGUUUUUUAAAUCUCUCUAACUCAUUUCCAUUAUGAAGGAUAAAAGUAGUCGUGAUGGAGCCCACGAGGCUAUGCUGUCUCAGAACCAGACGCCAAAGGCCGUCAAAAGUAAAGAGACUAAGAGUUCUGAGGAAUAUGAAGCGCUGCAGAGUUUCCUUCGCAGCAUCAGCUCGACAGCUACAUUGCCGCCCUAUGUAAAGGGCGAGACGUACUCCUCUGUACGAGGAGUUUUUAACCAGUGCCUUAUAACGUGUGCAGUACUAAUAUUGGCCACGGGUGCGGGACACCCCAUCGGCUUCUCCGCUGUUGCCUUACCUCAGCUACGAAAUGAGACUUCUAUACUCCGGAUAGAUGAAGACAUGGGAUCGUGGAUUGCCAGUAUUCAUUCUGCAGCAACACCACUAGGCUCAAUGUUGUCGGGACCAAUAAUGGAGGCCAUAGGUAGACGACGGACGUUGCAAGCGUCCACAUUACCAAUAGUUAUUGGAUGGAUUCUCAUAGGGACAGCAUCUAAUCACGCACUUUUGCUUUUGGGACGAGUCGUUUGUGGAUUUGCUGUUGGUAUUAUGGCAGCACCUUCACAAGUAUACCUAGGAGAAAUAUCAGAGCCAAGACUGAGAGGCUUGCUAAUAGGAACUCCAUUUGUGGCAUAUUCCCUUGGAGUGCUUUAUGUUUAUGCCCUCGGGGGUGCCCUUCAAUGGAGACAAGUGGCCUAUCUCUCAAUACUACUACCUGUUUUAGCCUUCGUGGCUUUAUGCUUCUCACCAGAAAGUCCAACUUGGUUGGCGCGACGAGGGCGCUUCCAUGAGGCAAUGGCAGCCAUGUCAAGGCUAAGAGGAGACUCAGAUACGGCACAAAGAGAACUUCAUGAAUUAAUAUCGGCCCGGGAAAAAGAAAAGGCUCGAGGUGAGGAGACAAUACCUUUCUUCGAGACUGUACUACGUCCUCCAGUCUUGAAGCCGCUGUUGCUGAUCAAUGCUUUCAACAUGAUGCAAAUCCUCUCUGGCAGUUACGUGGUGAUAUUCUACGCGGUUGACAUCGUAAGGGACUCUGGAGGAUCUCUGAAUCCACAACUAGCUACCAUCGCAAGUGCCCUAGUCAGGACCGCAGUGACUGUUUUAGCGUGUGUGAUGCUACUUAAAGUAACAAGGAGAGCAUUGGUCCUGGUGUCAGGGAUUGGAGCAACUGCGUGUACCCUCAGUCUAGCCUUCCUCUUAUCUCAAGGACCGGGCAGCGGCGUGGUCCCUCCAGCCCUCAUUCUCGGAUUCGUGGCAUUUAACACCCUAGGUUUCUUCAUCUUACCAGGUCUUAUGAUCGGGGAACUGUUACCGACAAAGGUCCGUGGACUCUGCGGAGGUUACAUAUUCUGUCUUUUCAAUGCACUCCUCUUCGGCUUCACAAAACUUUACCCGGAUAUGAAAAACGUUAUAGGCAUGGCUGGAGUCUUCGGCUUGUUCGGAGCAUCGUCCGCAAUAGCCACAAUUGUACUCUUCCUAUUUCUUCCAGAGACAAAAGGAAAAUCCUUAAUACAAAUAGAACAGUAUUACCAAAAACCAAACAUUCUAUGGGUUACCAGAAAUAAAAUGGACAAUGGGCAGAGCAUCUAAUGUAGUAUUAAUAUUGUCGAGUACUUAAAUUCAAGGUCAUCCUAGACGGAUGUAUAUCACGCAUUUUUCCUACGCGGCUCUUGCGUAUUGAUGUUAUACAUUUCUAGAGAAAUUCCUUAUUACGUAAUUGUGAAAGAACAGUAGGCAAGAUAACUUGCUGAUAAAACAAGAAACAAGCAACUGUAUGUUUCAAAAAUUGUGUACUUAGUUUAUAUGGUUGUAUUUUGAGAUGCAUUUUUGUUUCGAAUACAUGUUUAUGUAAUUACAUCUCGAUUUUGAAAACGUUUAAUAUUUACAUGAAUUUUAGUUUAAUAUAGCUCUCUAGGUGAUUAAGAUGAAAUAAUACGAACCAUGAACCAUACUUCAUACGUUUUGUAUGUAGAAUAUGUUAUUGCAUAGGUUGUAAUUCAACCUUCGUGAAUCUUAACGAUUUUAUAGAUUGUAUAUGUUAACGUAAAAUUGUAAACACCGUUAAAUUGUAAUCUAUCUCGCGAGAUUAUAAACUGUCGAAAGAUUGUGAACCUCGGCUUACUGCUUACAAUUUAACGUAUUAUUAU